AUGCAGGUGCUUUGGCAUUUCCGGAAAGAUCUCAGAUGUGCCAGAGUGAUCGAUUCAGAUCUAGACACCGAACAGCUGGCGAAACAAGUGCUGGACCUUUUUCUGCUGUCUAAUGAACAACAUGCUGAACAUGAUCAGAAAACGGUGCUGCUGUUACUGGACACAAACGAUGAGCUCCCUGCAGACUCUGCUACCGUUGUUCGUUCAAAAGAUGAUGUGAAACUUUUAAUGAAGCUCUCAACAGAGGAGAGGAAGAGGUUUGAUCAGAAAAAGGAGGAGCUAAAAAAGAAAUACAAAAAAAUGUCACAGAAGUUUCUUGCCUUUAACAUCAUGCAGGGAGGUUUCCAGAAAGAAGAUGCAGAGAAACUGAUCACACAAGAAAUGGUGAAUCAUAUUGAAAAGGACACAAAGUCCAGCAGCACAAGACUUCUCAGUUUUUUGGCUUUGAUAAACUCGUAUGUCCCAGGUUCACACUUGUCAAAGCUUGUCUGUGAGGAAUUCAUAGAUCCAACAAAACAGCCGUCCGAUGAGAAAAACCCCAAACUGGAAACAAUAAUGAAGCCUUUCGAGGAUCUCAUAGUUAUUUUCUCAGAAGGAGAACAAGAAGACCGAUGCGUUCGUCUGGCUCAUCCAAUGAUUGCUGAUGCCUGUCUAAACAUGUUCACUGAGCACAAACUGACCAGAUCUGACAUCGCUCUCGACUUCUUGAACAGCAUGGUGAAAGGAAAGGAGAGCAAUUAUGGACAGAUUUGCAAGAAGAUAUUCAUCACAAGACUUGAGACAGGACAAGGAAAGGAGCUCAAAGGAAAGAAGAAGUUUUCCACACUGAUUCUUGACAUCAUGCAUGAAAGUGGAAAUAAUAAUAACCAAUGCAUUCAUUUGUUGGAGAUGGCUGCAAAUUUGUUCUCCACAGACCCUUAUUAUCUCCAAACACUUGCACGUUUUUAUUACAUUAAGGUAAAAGAGGACAACAAAUAUGAAAUGGCAGAAACAUGGGCAGAAGAGGCCAUUAAUCGAGAUCCCAAAAAAUCUGAUAUCAGGGACACAUUGGGGCAAGUCCACAAACACCACCUGCAAUCUAAAAAAAAAACCCUAGACGUUAAAGAGUGUUUGGCCAUUACAAAGACCGCCAUUGAUGCAUUCAAAGAUGAAGAGAAAGCAGCUGAAGUCGAGUCAGAAGAAAACACCACAUUCAAUAACAGAGGCUGCUUUGGAUUUCUCCAGGUUUGCAAUGUCAUUCAUGAAAUGCGUCCAAAUCCAAAAAACCCUCUUGAACAAGAACACAGUGAUUACAUCAGCGGUCUCAGAGGUGAUGUUGAGUCUAGAUAUGAUUUCUUUGAAUGGUAUCUGGCAUUCUCAAGACCAAGCCUCAAUACAGAGGAACCAGACUACUUUCAUGAAGAUGUUGAGGAGUGCUACAAGAAAUAUUUUACACAGGGAGAGCAGACUGAUGAAACGACCCUGAAUGAGAAAAAGAUGAAGUCUUUUGGGGGACUGCUUCAUUUCCUAAAAUCAGACACCAAUGUGCUUAAAGAACAUCAGAGUGCACUUAAACAUCUACAAUCUGACAAUGAAACCCAAACCGUUCUCUACAUUCUUGCCAACAUCGUCUUGAGUCAGUCGGGUGAGCAGUGUGAACAAGCAGAAGAUCUUCAGGCCAGGUUACAGAAACUUUGGCUGAGAGAAAUACAAGACAGAAGCCCAGAGUUUUACCUCUUGAUUCUUUUGCUCUUUUGGCCCGAUGAAACACAGCCAGGAAUCACAAACCCUCCAAACCUUGAAAAGUGUCUCAAAAAAAUGCAUCAUUCAUACAAGGAGAAGUAUCAGAAAUACCUCCGCCGUCGCUACCUGGUGCCUCUGUUCUUCUUUGGGAAAGGAACAGGUUUGCAGAGACUGGUUCAUGCAUUAAAACUAGAUCAAAUUGAUCUGGAGCUCCUCACUGAAGGACAUGGACAUGCAGACGUCGAAUGUCUUCAGCGUAUCAACGGAGAGGUCAAGAAUCAAGAAGUGUUUGCUGUUAGAGAUGGCCAACAGAUCCCAGUCACUCCUCACAAUCCGUCCAGUGUGUGCAAACCAGGCCAGGUGUCUUUCUACCUGGGCUUCACCAUCAGAGGACCAGUUGCCUACAACAUCAGAUAUGAAGAGAACCUGACUCUGCAGAGAUCACAUGUGAACCGUGUGAUUUAGUGCUCGAGCAGGUGACUGUGGGAUGCAAUGACUCUCCGAAACUCAAAUGUCCUCAGACGGCUGAUCCAGGACAAAUGU